UAGUAUAAAUUGCUCAGGUGUGUUUGAAAGAUGUUCUUCCUCUCCUUGCUGUGCAUAUGUGGUCUCCUGCUGCGAGGUGAUGCCCAGGACCGAGCCUCCCUGUGGAGGGGGAAUGACCGGAGCGGCCGAUGCCAGUACACCUUCACCGUGCCCAGCCCCGCGGAGGCCACCUGCCCUCAGGCUGGAGGUCCAGAGCUGGACGGCCUGAAGGCCAGGCUCGGUGUGCUGGAGGCGCUGGUGGCCCAGCUCGGCGGGAAGGACGUUCAGCCGCGGGGAGGCCAGCCGGGGGCCGCUGCCAGACCGCAGCCCGAGCUCCAGGAGGCUCUCAGCCGAGCGGUGGCAGAGAGGAACCUGCUGCAAGGGGAGAAAGAGAGGCUGCAGAGGGAGCUGGACACGCUGAAGCUCAGGAUGGAGGAGAUGAGGCGGGAGACGGAGAGGCUGAGGAGCAGACCCUGCCUGUCUCAGAGCCCAAUGGCAGCUGCCACCGCCACCCAGCAAGACUGGGGCAGAGGCAGACUGGCUGCUGGUUCCAGUCAGAUGUCCCACCUGAUGACGAGGCCCAACCGGCAGGGCGACAGCAGCAACCCGAGAGAUUCAACCUGGCUGCAUGGAGCCCAGGGCUUUCAGGAGGUGAAGGCUGAGGUGACCGAGGUGCCUGCACCAGACGGCAAUGUCGACAACACAGGAUGCGGGCAGCUGAUCUCCGUGGGCGAGCCGGUCACCCACAGGAAGGCCGACAACAUCGCAGGUAAAUACGGUGUCUGGAUGCAGGAUCCUGAGGCCGUUUCCCCCUAUGGAGCCAGCAUGCUCUGGCGCAUCGACACGAUUGGCACCGAGGUCAGGCAGCUGUAUGGGUAUGAUGACAUGGAGCAGCUCUCCAAAGGCUUCCCUUCCAAGGUCCUGCUGCUGCCAGACCCAUUGGAAAGCACCGGGGCCACGAUAUACCGAGGGUCCCUGUACUACCAGAGACGGCUGAGUCGCACCCUGAUCCGCUAUGACCUGGCCUCUGAGAACGUGGCGGCCCGUCGCGAACUCCCCCACGCUGGCUUCCAUGGCCAGUUCCCCUACUCCUGGGGCGGGUACACGGACAUCGACCUGUCUGUGGACGAGAAGGGGCUGUGGGCCGUAUACUCCACCAGCAAGGCCCAAGGAGCCAUUGUGAUCUCGAAGCUGGACCCACACAGUCUGGAGGUGAAGAGGAGCUGGGAGACGAGCAUCAGGAAGGCGUCCGUGGCCAACUCCUUCAUGAUCUGCGGGAAGCUUUACACCGUGGCCAGCUACGCAGCCCGUGACACCACCAUCAACCAGGUGUACGACACAGCAACCAGCCAGCUGAAGGCCGUGUCCAUUCCCUUCAAGAACAAGUACGGCUACAACAGCAUGAUUGACUACAGCUUGGCCCAAAGGAAGCUGUUUGCCUGGGACAACUUCCACCUAGUGUCCUACGACCUCAGGCUGGGUCGUCAGCAGGCUAACUGAGGCCAGCAUCAAUGACUGUUUGCUCACCUGUUCCUGCUUCAGAGACUCUCAGUUUUAGACCAUAACAUGAGCAGCAGUUACAAAGAUAUGGAAAAGCAAAAAGCUCACAAUUAGUCAGUUUCCACCCAAUAUGUGUAAGAAGUUAUGAAAAGAAAAUCCUUCUUUAAUUAGUCAGGAUGAUUUAAAACAGAAUAAAAUAGUGUUUUCUGACCUUUUACAGCAUCCUGACUCAAUCCGCUGAUUUUGUACAUAAUCUCUUAAAGUGAGUCGGACAAAUUGUGGCCCUUUUGUCUUUCCAUAGAAAGCUAACGCCAGUUCACCUGUAGGAAAACUACCAAACUCCAUAAACAUUGGAGGCACGGUGCCUCCCGCAGGCCUGCUUUUCCUUUAUUCCCGUUCCUUAUUUCGCCGUGGCAUGGUCCACGAUGUUGUUUUCAGAGGAAUUAUUUUUGUACCGCCUUUAAUCCAUGUAUGUGAUUUCGUUGUUUUCCGUGUAAAGCUAUAUAUUUGUGAAUUAAAUAAACCACGAAUCAGUUUAACCAAAAACAUGAGAUGCAUUUGAUUCAGUAACGCUAUGAUGAAAACUCCUGUGGUUUUACAUGCCCCGCAGGGAUUUACCAGCCAACAUCCCUCUAUAAAACUGCUCCAAUAAAGCAUGUAUUGAAUGUUGCAACAUGUGUCCAAAAUCCUCAUAAAAUAAAGUUUAUUAACGACG